GUUAUGCACUCCAUCUUUUAUCUAACACCAUCCAAAGAGAGCCUCAAGUUAUGCAAAGGGAGUUAAACUUGGAUUUUUUUCAGAUGACCAAGGGAGAAGGGGAGGAUUGAUAAAUAUAGAAGACCGACUAAUGACUGGUAGUAGCUUGAUCUUUACAAACUCUCUUUUUAUUUCCUGCAGGGUUUCUUACAAAUGCGCUGGUCGCGCUUUGCCCGUGUGGUUUUCACUCGUUCCUUCGCCAUUCUUCCCACUGUCUUUGUCGCUGCCUUUAGGAAUGUAGGAGAUUUAACAGGCCUCAACGACCUUCUAAAUGUACUCCAGAGCAUUCUGCUACCUUUUGCAGUCAUACCUGUUCUCACCUUCACCAGCAUGGAGCCUCUCAUGAAGGAUUUUGUCAAUGGGAUCAUUGGAAAAUUUAUAAUGAUCCUGAUCACCGGAUUAAUCUGUGCAAUCAAUUUAUACUUCGUGGUGACAAGCAUCAUAAGUUUGAACUACCUGGCCUACUAUAUUGGCAUAUCUUUCGUGCUCCUUGCUUACGUUGCUUUCGUCUGCUACCUGAUUUGGACCUGUCUCAUUUCACAUGGAGCUGUCUUCCUAACCCGUGGGCCCCAUACUCGGUUCAGUUAUGGACUACAAUGAUAGUACAUCCCACUCAUCGCCACUGGAAGCUGAUGAAUCAUCACUAUGUCUCCCCAACAAAACAGGAAGCAGCUGCUCUUGGGGAUCUGCCAGGAAGCAAAGGUGUCAGAAGCAGAGUUUCUGUUGGCAAAGGAUGGACUCCAGCAUCAGUAGUGAUCACUCAGCACAGCGCCUGCCUUGCAGGCCAAAAGUUCCAGAGAAAAUUUCUGGCAUUCCUAAAGAACCUUCAGACUUGGAAUGGCUGUGGUGUGACUUCCAAAGAGGGUUUAAGACUUGAUGCAUUCUUGUUUUUUAAUCCUGAUGACAUGUAGCAAGUUGGGGGGAGGGGGGCAGUGUAAAGAAAGAACUAUAAAGUAUUCUAGAUACUCAUGACCAAAUGUGCACACCGUCUACCAGCUUCAGACCCAGAUCGGCUUUGUGUGGAACAUCAAGGCAUCCACCUUAGUAGUGGGUGGGGAACAGUCUUUUUGGGGGGGAGAGGUGGGUUUAGGAGCUUAAGGAAUGAGGGUUUGGUUCCACCAUUGGUGGGGGCCACACAAAGGAAUGAUGGAAGAAUGCACACAUCCCUUUGGUUCUACUUUUGCACCAUUGCUUUAGACCAACGGUUCUCAACCUGUGGGUCAUGACCCCUUUGGGGGUCGAAUGACCCUUUCACAGGGGUCACCUAGGACCAUCCACCUCCACCAGCAUCGCCCAUGCUCAGGAACACGUCCUGAAGCAGCAGGUGCAUGAAGAGUGCUGGGUGGCGAAGCAGCCUCCUCCUGGCUCUGGGCGCAACCCAGAUGCCGCCCCGCCCAGUCUCCACACCAGGGAAAGGCCGAGCCACUGAAGGGGGAGAGAGACGGGUUAUUCUGGAUCAGCCUUGGCUCCAACGGAUGUCCGAUGCCUGCACAGGGGCUCGAAGGUGCCUGGAGAACAGGAGACCGGCGGGGCAGUCAGGCCAUCCGCUUCAGCUGGCGGGAUGGGCUCUCGCCCAAGCAGGCACAUGCCAAGAUUAAAGCCGCCUUGGGCCUGGACGCUGCCUUUGCCGCCCCCGCCGUCAUUCCUGUCCUGUGGGCUAAACUGAGCUCGUAGGCUUUUUGGCCCCCAGGAAGGGCUGGCAGGAGAGAUCGGAGGGGAGGACAGGCCCCACCCACCCAUUCCUUCCGUCCCAAGGAAUUCCACUCAGGACAGAAGCACAGUUCGAUGUAGCUGAAGCCUCUGUUUAAAAUCCCAUUUAAAGAGCAGCAUCUUAAUAUGUGUUAAAUCGGUUGAGGGAGGAAUGGAAAGAAAGAAAGAAAGAAAGAAAGAAAGAAAGAAAGAAAGAAAGAAAGAAAGAAA